AUGUACGCCACUUUGAUGAAAUUAUUUUCAAAUAAUCGAAAAAAUUCACAAAAUAAAUCCUCGAAUCAAUCAAAUCAAUCAUCUUUUAAUAUUUCUUCCAAUUCAUUUUUUAAUAAUAUUUCUUCCAAUACAUCUUUUAAUUCAGCGUCUUCCAAUUCAUCUCUUUCCAAUUCAUCUUCUUAUAAUAAUGUUUAUAAUAAUGUUUAUGAUAAUGUUUAUGAUAAUGUUUAUGAUAAUGUUUAUGAUAUUGCUUUUAAUAAUAACGAAGAAAUUACCUCAGCAGGACGUAUAAAAUCAAAAAUUGGUAAAAAAAAAUAUUUAGAAGAAUCAAAUGAAAAUCAAACACAAGUAUAUUAUUAUUAUAAAAAAGAAAGAAGACGCGAAAAAUCAACCAAAAAUAGAGGAAAAUUUGAAGGAGUAUCAAUUAGAGAAUGGAUUAGUAGACUUCGUUCUUCUGAUAUUCUUGAAGCUAAAAUUUCAGAUGCAGAAAAAAGUAAUAAAACUAAUGUUCUUGUUGAUAUUGAAGAUUUGAAAGAAAUGAAAGUAGAAUUUGAAUUCUUACAUAAAGGAGUAACAGAAUUAGUUCUUCUCGCCGAAGGAAUAUUUCAGCAUAAUGCUAUUUCUAUUGAAUCACCUCAAGGAUUACAGUACCGUGUUUUUAUGUGGUGCUGUUUGUUGUUUCAACUACGUGGUGGCGAACAUUAUAGAUUAACAACAUCACAGUUUACUUUUAUGACAGAUGGAAGUCUUCAAUUUACUAAAUUUUCACAAAAAAAUGAUCAAGGAGAAGAAACAUGCCGAUUAUUUAUGAAAAAUAUUUGUGCUACAGUUGGAAUUGAAUUAGCUGAUCGUGAUAUGAAUCAUUCAGGUCGUUCAACACCCAUUACAAAACUUUUUCGGCAAGGAGUUCCAUUUAUUACAACUAUGUCAAUUACAGGUCAUAAAAGUGAAUUCUCAUAUAGAAUUUAUGCCCGUCCAUCUACUCAACAAAAGAAGAAGCAUUGUCUUUACUAA